AUGCCUCGCAGUCGGUCGAACUCACGCCAUCGCUCCACUAGCAUCGAUAUGCUCACGGUCGCGUUGAGCAAAGUCCUACCAAAGUCGUCCUCCCACAGCCCAGAACCUGCUCGACCCCCAUUAUACGAAGUUGGUGAGAAUUUCUCCGACUGGCGCGUACUAGGGGAGCCGUAUCUUGAACAUUUCCCCGCAGAGCACCAAGUGUCCCAUCUAUUGGGACUGCUCGGGCAAAUGGCCAAACGCCGGUUUGCCUACCUCUCCGCCAAACCUCCCGCUAGCCUAAGCGACGCAUGGGCACUCUUAGAGCAGCUGUUCGGUCCCCAGGAACCACUGGUUGAUAUCCACAACCAGUUCUGCCUCCGCACACAAAAACCCGAUGAAUUGGUUGAUGUCUACCUUGAUGUGUUGUUCACCCUGGGUAGCCGCAUAUUUACACAGUCUGAGAUUUCGCAACAGGUCUUUCUUCGUUUUGUGGGUGGCCUUCGUUCCCAAGAGGUGAAACGGGAAUUCAAUAUCCGGCACCCAAAAACCCUACUCGCCGCCCUCCGGAUCUUAUUGGCACGCUCAAUGGAACCUCCGCCACCAUACUCAUCGACACUGGCGCUAUCCGCUCCAUAUUUAGAUCCACAAAUAUUCCUCGUACUCUUCCCCCCACAAAUCCAAUUAAUAACCGCUGACGGUUCUCCCCUACGUUGUACGGGUAUUCAUAACGUCUCCAUUGUCCUUCCCAACUGUACUACCAUACAUCCCAUGCUACUGUCGCCGGACAUUAAGGUGGAUGCAAUAAUUGGGUUAGACUUCCUCUGCGCUCACCAACUCAUCGUGGACCCCAACAAUCCAGAUCGGUAUUAUCUCUAA